GUCGAUUAAGUCUAUUUUUUUGUGUAAGUCUAUUCAAUAUUUUACUGAGUUGUCCGCUCCUGUUUUGAAUUCGACUUUUUAUGCACAUCUAUGAAGCCUCGUACAAUGCUUCGCCCACUCAUUGUCCAUACAAUGUCAUUUCAGACUUCACACAAGCUACCUCAGAUCCAAGUCCCAUCGGUGGAUAUGUUUGUUUUAUCUGAAAUCCAGACAUUACACUAGUACUAGUGUAAUUUCUUAAGAGCUAAAAAAUUAAACGGGAUAGGGAGUUGCGUAGUUCAUUGAAUUAUGUGGUGAUGACAUCACAAAAUAACCACAAAAUCUCAAAUUGACGAUCUGAAGGUUAAAACCUCACCCUAGACCCUGAAAGUUUCAGGUUCGAUCUCUGGUGAAGUACGGGAUCUACAUUCUGAAGUCUCAUACUAGAACAAGACAUGUGUUCUGUGUUUCUUGGUUUUCACUGGCCCUCUAACUAGUACCCUCUAUGAGUAUACAAACCCAACUUAUCUGCAAUUUAUGUAAAUAUGUCAUCACGUCCUCAUUCGUACCCUUUUUUUCUAGCAUUAGUUUUUGAUGCUUUACUUUUUCACUGUUCUGAUAUGUGGCAACUGGGGUAUAUUUCAGGUGUUUUGCUGUAUCCGUCAGUAGUUGUUGGUUUGCAAUCAGUAUGAAUAGCAAGUUUUCAAUUAUAGUUAUGAGGACAAGAAAUCACAACUUAGAAAUAGUUAAAAAUAUAUAGUUAAUAGGACUGAAUAGAUAGCAUACCAAACACUAAUAAUUUGACACUUAAAUUUGCUGGUAUUGACCAAAUACCAUUUAAUAUUACCAAAAUAAAUUCACGAAACAACUGGAUAUCGCUGUUUUUGUGGAGUCUUCUUAUUUGCAUGAUCCCAUAUCAGAUGUGUUCAAUCUAAUGGAAUAUUUACCACCUAGCAAUCUUAACGCGUUGUGAUGAACAUUACUUACGUUUACCUUACGCUAUUUAUCUCUUAAUAAUUCCUGGAUGUGAUUAUCUAAACUUAUUUGACCCCUAUUAGACUUGAACGGGACAAAUAUCACUAUGCAGAUAUAUACUUCUGAAAAGCGUGGCUCCGAUACAACUGGAGACGGAACAGAAAAAGCUCCUCUAAAAACUAUUCUUCAGGCCAUCGCUAAGUUAGGUGGGAAAAUUGAUGCGGAUACGUGCAUCUGGGUUGAUGGUGUUGAAAAUGAAAUGUGGGAUCCUGUAUCUAAAUCGAAACUAAAGAAGAUGAUCAAGCAAUAUCAUAUUCAAGAAAGAAAACAGGAUAAGAUGCCAAAGGCAAAAGUUCCAUCUUCUGAAAACGGUAAUCUUAGUGAAGCAUUGGAUGUUCAACUGACUUUGGACACAAAAUUACCUGAAGCAAAACAAUGUAAAAUUCGUGAUUUACAAACAUUAUACGAUCAACGUGUACGUGUGUAUGGUUGGGUGCAUCGAAUACGUCGUCAGAGUAAAACUUUAAUGUUCAUUGUUCUUCGGGAUGGUACUGGGUUUUUGCAAUGUGUUUUUUCAAACAACCUGUGUUUAACUCAAGAUGCAAUCACGCUGUCACCAGAAUCCACUGUCGAAGUUUACGGAGUGGUAAAACAAUUGCCAUCUGGUAAGUCAGCUCCUGGUGGCAUAGAAUUAGUUGCUGAUUGUUGGACGAUGAUUGGUAAAGCGCCAGCUGGUGGUAUCGACUCUAUAUUAACUGUGGAAAGUGAUAUAGACACUCAGUUGGACAACAGACAUUUGGUUAUUCGAGGAGAAAAUACAUCGAAAGUACUCAGGCUCAUCAGCGUUGCUUUGGAAGCUUUCCGUGCACAUUACCUAGAUCGUGGUUAUGUGGAGGUUUUACCGCCGACAUUUGUUCAAACUCAAGUCGAAGGCAGUUCUACAUUGUUUUCUUUGAAUUACUUUGGUGAGAAUGCAUUCAUGUCUCAGUCGUCUCAGUUGUAUUUAGAAACAUGUAUACCUGCCGUAGGUGACUGCUACUGCAUAACCCGUAGCUAUCGAGCUGAAAAAAGUAGAACUCGGCGCCAUUUAUCUGAGUAUAAUCACGUUGAAGCGGAAUGUCCAUUUAUUGAUUUGAACGGUUUAUUAGAACGGAUUGAAGAUUUAGUUGUUGAUGUUUGUGAUCGCAUCAUGAAAAAAUCCGGUGAUCUGUUAUUAGAUGUGAACCCACAAUUUAAAAUACCUAAAAGUCCUUUUAAACGACUAAAGUACGAAGAUGCAAUUGUUCAUUUAAAUAAUUUAGGUAUUACAAAAGAAGAUCUUACACCUUUUCAAUAUGGUGAUGACAUUCCCGAGGCUCCUGAACGUCGACUUGUAGACACAAUUGGCGAACCAGUUCUGUUAACUAAUUUUCCUGCUGGAUUAAAAGUUUUCUAUAUGUUGCGAACUAAAGGUGAUCAACGGUUAACUGACUCGGUUGAUCUACUUGUCCCAGGCGUUGGUGAGUUAGUCGGUGGAUCAAUGCGUUUGGAUAAUAUUGAUGAUCUUCUCAAAGGAUAUCAGUUAGAGGGAAUAGAUCCAACUCCUUAUUACUGGUAUACAGAUCAGCGCAAAUUUGGAACUUGUUCACAUGGUGGCUAUGGAUUAGGUUUUGAACGAUUUUGUACUUGGCUUUUAGGCAAAGAUCAUAUACGAGAUGUUUGCCUAUAUCCUCGUUUCAUGGGUCGAUGUCGACCAUGAGUAAUAGUUUCACCAUAACUUCUACAUCUUAGUAUGAAUGUACUCUGUUUUUGUUCUUACAUUAUCAGUACGAAAUUUUUCCAUAUACAUAAAUAUUUGUCAACACCUUCAAUGUUCGAUAAGAUAAUUCACAGUUUGUUGCAUUUUUUUCCCCAACGAAUGAUAAAUAUAUAUCAUACUAUUACUGAGGUUUAACUUGACAGUUUCAAAUAAAUUGAGAAUUCGG